AUGGAGAGCUCUCUAAGAAAGGAACCCAGGGAACCCUCACCGGAGGAUAGAACUACGAAGAAAGCCAAAUUUAGGGAGGAGGACGGUCAGGCUAGUGACCCGUCGGCCAUGACCUUUAGGGAUAAAGUGGUGCAAUCUGAUAAAGAUAGAGAAGAAAAGCUUGCUGGAGACUUGGAGGAUUUUAAGGUUAAAACAGAUGAUGUGACAGUUUAUGAGAAUAAGAGCAUGCCAUCCAUCUCCUUUUUGAGUAGAGUUCAAGAAGAAUUAUCUAAACGAUGGAAGACCACUGUCAUAAUAAAAUUAUUGGAUAGACCUAUAGAAGUGGCGGGGAUGUGGAAGUUGUACUCACAGGCGGCCCAUGGGUUAUUUUGGGGCAUUAUUUAUCAGUACAAGCUUGGAAUACAGACUUUGAUUGUCUUACACACAAUAUACAAAAGAUUCAAGCUUGGAUCAGACUGCCGGGAAUGCCUCUUCACUAUUACAAUAAAAAAAGUCCUUCGUUACAUCGGAGCUAUGGUGGGGAGAGUGAUUAAAAUUGACUAUUGUACAGAAGCGGCGGAGAGAGGUAAAUUUGCCCGGAUUGCUGUGGAAAUUGACCUUCAAAAGCCACUGGUUUCUCAAUUUUGCCUCGAUGGUAAAGUUCAGUUUGUUGAAUACGAAUGCAUGCCCAUAAUUUGUUUUGAAUGCGGUAAGUUUGGCCAUGUUAAGGGAGGUUGUCUGGAUGUUAUUAUUCAGAAUCAGGCGGAUCAUGCUAAAGGAGAUGAACAUGUUCAGGAUAAUAAUCCCAUGUCGGCGGUGCCUGAGAGUACCACUGCUAAACCUAAUUUUGGGCUGUGGAUGAUGGUUAACAGAAGAGGAAAGCCGACUAACAUGCAAGGUAAGAAUAAAAUUUACCAUGCUGGUAAUUCUGGUGCUCAGGAAAAUCAGAAUGGAUCCAGAUUUCAAAUCCUUGAUAACGAUAAUGAAGGGAUGUUAACAGAUUCUCCUCAUCUAAGGGAAGCAGUUUUGGAGUGUGAUAAGUCUACUAUUGACACCGCAAAAAGGGCAACUGAUCGCAUGAUCCAUGCUAACAAAGACAAAAUGGCCCCUAAGGGAAUCGAGCUUUAA